AUGGAAAAGAGAACAAAUCAUAUAAAAUUACCAUCUGAUUUUGAAAGAAUUCCAAAUAAAAUCGCUACUGGUAAAGAUUUUGAUCGAGAAAUAUUAGAUAAUUUUAUUAGAGCUUACUCCUUGCUAAUCUCGUAUAUUAUUGAUAAUAAUGCAUUAGAAGAGGCACAUUUCUAA